AUGAAUUAUCUCACUUCCGCUCGUCAUUCGACAUUAGAGAUUUUUCCUGACGAAUUAUUUCUCGAAUUAUUUUCAUUUAUUCAACCAGUCGAUCUCUACCGUGCUUUUCGUCAUCUUAAUCAACGUUUAACUCGUAUUUUACAUGACAUAUACAUUUGUAUGCAUAUCACCAGCGACGAUGAUGAUGAAUUGCAGCACGAGUGUCUGAAUUACUUUUCCCGUCAAAUUAUUUAUCUUGCGGUUGAUUGUCAUCCUACACGUUUAUUGUAUGAAAUAGAUCUUCGACCAUUCAACAAUUUACGUUCACUUCAUUUACCUCUACCAACGGAUGAACAAUGUUCGCAAAUAACUCCGCAGAACUUUCCGUUCUUAACGCAAUUAACUAUUCAUAACAAUGCCUACAGAUCAAUUGUAUUCGGUUCAAAUUCAUUUCCAUAUCUAAUUGCAUGUUGCAUUCCACAAAUUUAUCCAGAUUAUGAGCGUACCAUGAGACCAUGUGUGACUCUUCGUUCGCUUCAGUUGGGCUCUUGUUCUCUUCAGUACUUAUUACGUAUACUUCCACAUGCACCAAAUUUGACAUAUUUGGAUGUUUGCUUACAAUCAUCCGAAGCACAGAUUACCGAAACGGAUUGGAAACAUGAGAAGCUCUCACAUUUGAAAAUCAAAAUUCGAAAGCUUGUUCCAGAUUUUGAAAUCAUUUUGAAGACAGUACCUAAUCUAUCUCGGUUAGAAUUUCUAUGGAACGAGUCUUGUGUCGAUCGGUACAGCAGGAAAAGUUUCGAUUUUACUUUAUUUUCGUCUCUUCUCCGUGCAAGUCUCAGUCCACUAUUUAAACAUUUGGAUAUUGAUAUUCACGUACCGAAAUGUGACGAAAAUAUCGGUGAUAUUCAUGAAAUCAAUCCUGCAUGGUUUUCAAGGUUAUCGAAAAUAAAUAUCAUUUCACACGACUAUUCUGUUUUUUUGACAACAAGAAAAUUGGUGACAAAUGCGGACAAUGCACUGACUACAAUUUUAUUACAAUCAACAUACAUUACGCGAAGAAACGCACGAUUCAAUCGGAUUAAAUUAGAUAAGACUCCUAAAUAA